UUGCCUCAUCCCAGGACCCAUGGACUAAAUGGAUGUUAAAACCACCUUUCUCGCCAAGUUUACCACUCAUCAUAGUCCAAUCAUCAUAGUCCAAUCAUCAUAGUCCAAUCAUCAUAGUCCAAUCAUCAUAGUCCAAUCAUCCAGGAAAUGCAGGAUCUUUGAACAUGAACAAUCUGUUCCUCUCCUUCAGCUGAGACAGACUGCCAGUCAGUAACCACAUAGUGUAACACUCUCUGUAUCAUCUUUUGGAGGAUCACUUAGUCUCAGUAUCUCACCUUUAACCCCUCAACCCCCAGCCCUUGACCCUUAACCCCUGACCCCUAACCAUGUACGGCAGCUCCCGCUCCGUUGCCAAGAUGGAGGGCAACAACGGCAGCAGUCAGAGUCCCGGUCGCUCCCCCUGCCUGCCCCGCUCCCCGCGCCUCGGCCACCGUCGCACCAACAGUACAGGAGGCCCUGGGGGAAAGACCCUCUCCAUGGAGAACAUCCAGUCUCUGAACGCGGCCUAUGCCACCUCCGGACCCAUGUACCUCAGUGACAACGAGGUCAUCUCUCAACAGACCCAGGCCUAUCCCAACCCCAACCACGACCCUAGCCUGCCCAAGAGCACCAUGACCCUGGGUCGCUCCGGAGCAAAGCUCCCUUACGGCGUCCGGACAACCGCCAUGGGCUCCAACCCCAACAUCAGCCAGGGAGGUGGAGGCUCGUCCAUGCCCAGUGACAGCAUCGUGUUUGGGUGUGACCACGUGUCCUCGUCCCAGUCCAGCCUCCAGCAGGCGUCCACGGUGCCUCACUCCUUACGCCAAACCAGAGACAACACCAUCAUGGACCUCCAGACCCAGCUGAAGGAGGUGCUGAGGGAGAACGAGCUCCUCCGGGGGGAGGUGGAUGUGAAGGAGAGCAAGCUGAGCUCUUCCAUGAACUCCAUCAAGACCUUCUGGAGCCCCGAGCUGAAGAAGGAGAGAGCCCUGAGGAAGGACGAGGUGUCCAAGAUCUCUGUCUGGAAGGAGCAGUACAGAGUGGUUCAGGAUGAGACUCAGAUGUCAGGGCCUAUCAGAGAGAGGAAGGAGUCCUACCCUCACCAUGUCAGAGCCUAUCAGAGAGAGGAAGGAGCACUGUCCUCACCAUGUCAGGGCCUAUCAGAGAGAGGAAGGAGCCCUGUCCUCACCAUGUCAGGGCCUAUCAGAGAGAGGAAGGAGUCCUACCCUCACCAUGUCAGAGCCUAUCAGAGAGAGGAAGGAGCCCUGUCCUCACCAUGUCAGGGCCUAUCAGAGAGAGGAAGGAGUCCUACCCUCACCAUGUCAGGGCCUAUCAGAGAGAGGAAGGAGCCCUGUCCUCACCAUGUCAGGGCCUAUCAGAGAGAGGAAGGAGCCCUGUCCUCACCAUGUCAGGGCCUAUCAGAGAGAGGAAGGAGUCCUACCCUCACCAUGUCAGGGCCUAUCAGAGAGAGGAAGGAGUCCUACCCUCACCAUGUCAGAGCCUAUCAGAGAGAGGAAGGAGCCCUACCCUCACCAUGUCAGGGCCUAUCAGAGAGAGGAAGGAGUCCUACCCUCACCAUGUCAGGGCCUAUCAGAGAGAGGAAGGAGCCCUGUCCUCACCAUGUCAGGGCCUAUCAGAGAGAGGAAGGAGCCCUACCCUCACCAUGUCAGGGCCUAUCAGAGAGAGGAAGGAGUCCUGUCCUCACCAUGUCAGGGCCUAUCAGAGAGAGGAAGGAGCCCUGUCCUCACCAUGUCAGAGCCUAUCAGAGAGAGGAAGGAGCCCUACCCUCACCAUGUCAGGGCCUAUCAGAGAGAGGAAGGAGUCCUACCCUCACCAUGUCAGAGCCUAUCAGAGAGAGGAAGGAGCCCUGUCCUCACCAUGUCAGGGCCUAUCAGAGAGAGGAAGGAGCCCUACCCUCACCAUGUCAGGGCCUAUCAGAGAGAGGAAGGAGCCCUACCCUCACCAUGUCAGGGCCUAUCAGAGAGAGGAAGGAGCCCUACCCUCACCAUGUCAGAGCCUAUCAGAGAGAGGAAGGAGCCCUACCCUCACCAUGUCAGGGCCUAUCAGAGAGAGGAAGGAGCCCUGUCCUCACCAUGUCAGGGCCUAUCAGAGAGAGGAAGGAGCCCUGUCCUCACCAUGUCAGGGCCUAUCAGAGAGAGGAAGGAGCCCUGUCCUCACCAUGUCAGGGCCUAUCAGAGAGAGGAAGGAGCCCUACCCUCACCAUGUCAGGGCCUAUCAGAGAGAGGAAGGAGCCCUGUCCUCACCAUGUCAGAGCCUAUCAGAGAGAGGAAGGAGCCCUGUCCUCACCAUGUCAGGGCCUAUCAGAGAGAGGAAGGAGCCCUACCCUCACCAUGUCAGGGCCUAUCAGAGAGAGGAAGGAGCCCUGUCCUCACCAUGUCAGGGCCUAUCAGAGAGAGGAAGGAGCCCUGUCCUCACCAUGUCAGGGCCUAUCAGAGAGAGGAAGGAGCCCUGUCCUCACCAUGUCAGGGCCUAUCAGAGAGAGGAAGGAGCCCUGUCCUCACCAUGUCAGGGCCUAUCAGAGAGAGGAAGGAGCCCUGUCCUCACCAUGUCAGGGCCUAUCAGAGAGAGGAAGGAGCCCUGUCCUCACCAUGUCAGGGCCUAUCAGAGAGAGGAAGGAGCCCUGUCCUCACCAUCACAGGGCUGGCUAA